ACAGCGAAAAGAAGAUUUUGACUAUUUAUAUGGCCUUUCAGUUGUAUUACCUGCACUUGAGCAAAAACGAAGAAAAUUCUAUCGAUUAUUUAUUCAAGAAGGAAUUCUUUUCCGUAGAAAAGAAAGUAGAACUAUACCUGAAAAGAUUAAAUCAUUAGCAGAUGAAGCAAAUAUUCCAAUUAUUGAAACGACUAAAGAUGAAUUGAAUAAAUUGUUAAAAGAUGAUAGACCAAAUUAG